ACCAAACCAGAGCUGUACCUAAUUGUGUGUUAGGUCUAGUAACAACCUUAGCCAUAUUUAGUCUUCUUAUCUUGUCAAAGCUUUAAAGAUUAUCAGUAAGUAGCAGUUUAGUUUAGGUCUACCAACUGGUGGUUACCGAUUCAGACCCCUAACCAUCACCGCCCAAACGGAGAACAACCACCGCCACUUCCCGGGUCUUGCAAAUGUCCCAUUUUGGUGUUUCUUGAAAAAAAAUCAUUUCUUUUUUAAAAAAGAAGAAGUUUCUAGGGUGUUUUUGGUCGUGUAGCUUGGACCCCACUUUGGGAAAGCUUGGAAUUAUUGAAAGGGAACCCAAAAUAUGUUUAUUAUUUCAACAGGAAAGGUUGAGGCUGGCUUGUCUUCUGUGCUUUCAUGAUUACCAUUCUAUUUUCCUGAAAAUUAUUAUUUCUUGACAAUUACUGUUAUUGUUGCUAGUUUCUUUGGUUGGUGUCAUUGUUCAAUGAUAAGGAGGGUGAGGAUCUUUGGGGGAUAUAUGAGUUCUGUCUCCCUCCACAUGGGAAAUCUUCUCUUUUGAGCCAGUUGAAUUCAAUUUUUUUCGUUCUUUCUUUCUUUUGCUCUCAAUCACUCUCUUUGCCUAUCUCUGUUUCCUCAAUUGUGGGAAACACAGAAAUUCCAGAUUUCUCCCCAGUUGACCAUGAUCUUGGAGUCUUGCUCUGUGGGAUAUUCUAUCUUUUCUGCAUAUUCUUGCUCCAAUUUUUGUUAAGUUCAUUGGCAUGAUGGGAGCAACCAUGAAGAUAUUUGGUUUAUUUGCUUUACUGAAUGUUAUAAUAUUGCCUCUUGCUUGAAAUCACUACUCAACUUGAAGCUUAGGAAUCUGUCUGAUUGUGGAAAAAAGAUAUGGCAACUUAUUUCUCGGGUUUGGCUGACCAAAGAGAAGAUCUUCCAAUGCCAUUAUUGCCAAACGAGAAACAUGAUUCCUACCAACCGCCUGGGUUUCCCAGUAACUUGGUCUAUUUGAACCAUCCUUCCACCAUAGCAUCCUACCCGGAAUUAUCCUCAUUGUCUUCUUAUUCCACAAAACCAUUCGAUGCUCAAAGUGUUGAACAAAAUCUUCAUUAUCAAGGAUUAUCCCUUAGUUUGGCAAUGCAAGUUCCAUCUUCGGUCCAAAUCCCUCCAUACCAUGACCCAUAUACUAACUCUGGGUUCUCUUCACUUAUGGCUACCCAAAUUAUGAAUUCGGAUCAUGGAUCACAAAAUGAUGAGAAUAAACGUGUGGAGUAUUCAUUUGGCUUAGAGGGAGACAAUCACGAAAGGUCAAUGAAUUUUAGUCAACAUAUAAAUGGUAUUGCAGGGAGUGUUUAUAACUCUAAAUAUCUCAAGGCCACACAGGAGUUGCUUGACGAAGUGGUUAAUGUUCAUAGAGAUAUUCGGAGACCCGAAAAACGUAACCUAAAUUCAUUUGGACAAGACGAAGAGGCUGAUAUGAAGUCAUCACCCAGCUGUUUCGGAGCUGGUAUGAUAUCAUCGGAAGGCCACAGUUCGACUAACACAUCGUCUGGUGGAGAGCUUUCGGCUGCUGAACGGCAUGAUCUUGAUAGCAAGAUCACAAAGUUAUUCUCCCUAUUGGAUGAGGUGGAUAAAAGGUAUAGACAGUAUCACCAGCAUAUGCAGGAUGUGGUGUCCUGCUUUGAAAUGAUUGCCGGACUUAAUUCAGCUAAGCCAUACACGUCACUAGCCCUAAGAACGAUCUCUUGUCAGUUUCGCUGCCUGCGGGAUGCAAUCAAGAGACAGAUUCAAGUCGCACAGAAAAGCUUAGGAGAGGAGCAAGGUGGUGGUGGUAGCCAAGGAGAAAGGUUGCACCGUCUACGUUACGUGGACCAGAAACUGAGACAGCAAAGGUCACUGCAGCAGUUUGGCGGUGUGAUGAUGAGACAGCCGUGGAGGCCUCAGAGAGGUUUGCCAGAGAAUGCUGUUUCUGUGCUCCGUGCUUGGCUUUUUGAACAUUUCCUCCAUCCGUACCCGAAAGAUUCAGAAAAGAGCAUGCUUGCAAGGCAGACUGGGUUAACCAGAAGCCAGGUUGCAAACUGGUUCAUAAAUGCUCGAGUGCGUCUUUGGAAGCCAAUGAUUGAAGAUAUGUACAAAGAGGAGUUUGGCGAUACAGAGGAAGGAGGCUGUACUGCUUCGCCCAAACAGAUAACAGAAAAGGACAAGUCACAAUCUGAGGAAAGAGACAAUGAUUUUGCUGAGCAACACACAGCAUUAUCCAACCAAACUGGUGAUGAAUGUAUUACUCAACCAAACAGUGGUUCCAUGUUUGGGGGCGGCAAUCAAGUGUCUCUCGCUCUAGGCUUGAAACAAAAUCAGAACAAUCUAGAUAAACAAUUAAGAGGGGUUAGUGAUAAAGCGGCUUCCUCUACGGACAUUAUGGGAAAACCAGGAGAUUACUACUAUAUAGACCAACAAGAAAGGUUCGUCAACUCGCAUCUCUUGCCAGAUUUUGUUUUAUGAAGCAAAACAAGAAAAGUUCACUGCAUACAGAUACUACUGGUGUGAAUUCAAUCAUGUUAUAAUUUUUUAUAAUUUUUUGCUUCCUGCCUGGUAGCCUGGCAGGAGUAGCAUAUUUUUCUAUGCAUGUAUAUAAACACGGCAUGUGUCUACAUAAUCCGGUUAUUGUGCAAUACACACAGUAAAUGAUAAUAUUUGUGAAAGGAUAGCUAGGUUAGUUUUCGUGUGAAUUACACAUUUGUUUUGUAAAUUGUGUUUGCCAAUAAAAUAAAUGAAUUCUGUAUAAAGAAUUUUGCACAUUCUUGAAAUAGACUUUUCUUUACUCUC